CAUGUUAAGUCAUAGUCUGGUUUUACAGCCUCAGGGACAGUCAUGAAGGAUCCACAACUCACAGGUCUCAAAACGCGGCUAUGGCCCAAACAGAAAGCGAGCAAAAAGUCCAAAGAAGACGCUCCAAAGGUAGAAAAGACAGACAGGCCUCAGGUCUCUACACCCAUACGUACCGUCCCACAGCUGACUGAAGCAGAGAAGAGGAAGCUGUCAGCAUUUGAGAGGGUCGUCUACGACAUGGCUCACAACGAGAAGACCGUCAACGACCUGAUGCUUGGUCGACGAGUAGGCUUCUACGAGCUGCGUGGAGAGAUCGGACAGGGAAAUUUCUCUACAGUGAGGCUAGGCAUCCAUGACUUAACGAAAGAGAGAGUAGCUGUCAAAGUGGUAGAAAAACUGCGCCUGGACAAUAAGCGCCAGCCGAUGACAUCCUUGGAGAUCAGCUGCAUGGAGAAGCUGUGUCACCCCAACAUAGUGCGACUGUACGAGGUGUUUGAGACCAGCAGGAAGCUAUAUCUGGUGAUGGAGUAUGGCAGCGGUGGAGACCUGUUCUCUCGAAUCUCCACCAGGGGGAGACUCAACGAGCUGGAAACUAAGCUGGUCUUUGCACAAGUUAUUGCUGCUGUUAAACACAUGCAUGACAACAAAAUCGUCCACAGAGACCUCAAGGCAGAGAACAUCUUCUACACCACCAGCUACUGUAUCAAGGUUGGAGACUUUGGCUUCAGCACAGAGUGCAGCUCGAAUGAGCUCCUCACCAGCUUCUGUGGCUCUCCGCCGUACGCUGCUCCUGAACUGUUUAAAGAUAAAGGUUUUGUUGGAUACCAUUCAGACACCUGGGCUUUAGGUAUUCUCUUAUAUUUCAUGGCGACGGCCACUAUGCCCUUUUUUGGGGACAACAUGAGCAGGCUGAAGCGGUGCAUCCUUCAGGGGUCCUACAGUAUCCCUACUUAUGUGCCUGACUUCUGCCAGCUGGUCAUUAAGGGAAUGCUGCGGCCUGUGCCCUCUGAUCGUUCCUCUCUCACACAGAUCCAAAACAGCGCUUGGUUGCAAGGGCUCGAGUACCCUCUCCCGUACGUCUCUCUGCCCCUCUCCCCUUCCCACUUUGCUUUGGACAACCACACUCUGAGUGUGGAAGAGCAGGAGGUGAAAUCUUUGCUCUCAGAGCUGGGUAUAAUGACUGUUCAUUUCCAAAACAAUCACUGCAAGGACUGUAAGAGCCCACUGACCGGAACCUACCGGAUCCUUCUCCAUCGAGUCCAGAAGAAGAGGACGGUGGAGGCUGUAGGUUAUUCAUCACUUCACCCUGAUAACUAUGAGGGUCCAGGGAGGUGGUCUGUAGCAUCUAUGGACAAACACACUCCCACUGCUGUGUGUACGAUACUCUAAUGGGAAAUAACCGGACUGGACUAGCUCUGAUUGUGACUUCUCCAGCUCUAAAUCAAACACACAUGUGAACGUUUUAUCCUUAACACCCCCUCAAUCACUUGAAGCUUAAGUCUACGAGGUGUUAGAUUGCAUGUUGAAAAGCAUUCAAGCUGUGUUGUGCAAUACUGGACUGUAAUGUCUGAGACAUGUAGGUUGAGGAUUGGGUUGGAGCUCCUGUCCCACAUUUUAAGUCAGUGAGAGCUUAAGGACCAGGGCUGCACCCUGUGAACUGUGUUCUGAUUACCUUAAUGAUGCGUGACAUUUAUCAACCACUGUAUGCCUAUCAGCAUCCUCCAAUCCCAUUUAGUCACUUCAUAUAUCUGCUGAACUAAUCCAGGGUCUCGGGUAAUCCCGGUCACACUAAGAACAUGCUUGGUCCAACAGAAAUGAAACCAGAGACUAUGAAGAAGAAAAGAUGUCCUGCAAGCAAAGGGAAUUCAGACACAACAAAAUACAGCCUCAUGACUGUCAACUGUCUUAUAAAACUGAUUUCUUCAAUGCCUUAAUUUAAAAUAGAAAUUAAUUGAUUUUCUUUUUUUUUAAAUUGUACGCAGGUUUUAUGAUUUAAUGAUUGAAGUUUUUUUGGCUCACAG